CAGUGUUGCUAUUCUUCUUUUGCUGAACCCAAUUUUGCCUUAACUCUUUGCCGUCGCGGCCAUGCCAGAGCAAGACCAAAAGAAGCGCAAGUUUGGAGGCAGGGGAGGAGGCAGAGGAGGAGGCAGGGGAGGCGGCAGAGGCGGUAGCGGUGGGCGUGGCGGCGGUGAAGGUGGCGACAGAGCUAACAAGAAAGCAAAGUAUUACGCGCAAGCUCGGGGUGGCAGCGGUCAGGCCAUUCCGCUCAGCGCCCAGGGUAUCCUGGUCACCUGCGAUGCCGGCCGGGAGGACAAGGCGGGCGAUGAGGCGCUGCUGCUCAUUGAGGAGCACUACGACAGGCUAGCGGCGGCAGCACCUGCAGCGGCUGACGCAGCACCCGCAGCACCCACUGCCGUACAACAGCCACCAGCGGCGGAGGCGGAGGCAGCACCCGCCGCUGAGUCUGCUGCUGCUGCUGCUGACGAUGAGGGCGGCAAGACAGCACAGGCUGAGGCCACUGCUGCGGAGACGGCACCGGCGGAGGCAGCGGAGGCGAAGGCUGAGGCGCCGCAGCCCAAAGCGCCAGCGGCGGCGCCCACGGAGGCUGAUGUUAAGCCCGAUGCCGGCAGCGGCAGCGGCAGCAAGGACAUCGCUGCGCUGCUGGCUGCCGAGCUGGAGGAGCUCAAGUCGCACAGCGGGGCUCGCUUCCGGGCGCACCGCACGGGAGUGAAGGGCUGCGUGUACAUCGUCUUCCCGCCCGCACAGCCGGGCUCCCCCGGCCCGGUGGACGUGGCGCUGUCCAUCCUGCGGGAGACGCAGCAGCGGAAGCAGGUCCCUGGUCGGCACCUGGUUCGGCUGCUGCCGGUGACGCACGCUUGCUUCGCGGGGCUGGAGGAGGUGCGGGCGACUGCUCCCCGGGCAGUGGCGGGGCACUUCCCUGAGGGCCCCGACGCUGCCCCCAUUGAGUUCAGUGUGGAGUACGAGCACCGCAGUGCGGAGGGGUUCGACCGGCUGGCGGUGAUCGAUGCGUUCACGGCGGCCAUCAGCACGCCGCCGCACAAGGUGAACCUGAAGGCGCCCGCCAAGGUGGUGUUGGUGCAGAUGGUUCGCAACGGUUGCGCCAUGGCGGUGGUGAACGGCUACAAGGAGCUGGCCAAGUUCAACCUGCGCAAGCUGGCGGAGGUGGAGGAGGGAGGGGAGGCGGGGGCGGUGUGAGGGGGAGGGGGAGGGAAAGGUGGAAACAACUAACUGACUGUGAGGAGGAGGUAGGGAGGGAGGAGGAGGAGGAGAAGCGUGAUAGGGAGCUUGAGGAGGGCUGGCCGGGCCGUGCUGCUUCCGGGAAUGAGGGAGGCGAUGCGAAGCCGUGGUAGAGGAGGGGAGUAUGCGUGCGGGGGAACGGCGACUGAGAAGGGGUGGGGAAGGUUUCGCUGUUUAACAAAGGUCCGGUGGAGAGACUUCACGACUGGCGCCGCAGGGUUCGCGCUGGAGGGCUGUGUUGUAGGUUUCCCUUGCUAGGGUCGUUUGUGAUGGUAGGCAUAACUGCGGAGCGGUGUCUGCGGCCAUUAUCGCGGCAGCAAUGUUGGUUGGAAACUAGUAAACUUGUCUGAAAACUGACAUGGCAGCAUGGACCGCAGAUGGUUGUGAGAUUUAUGUAACAGAUCAGCUGCAG